GUAGUAGUGUCUUGCUUACGAAAUGAAGACCUUCAGAGUUUACUUUCAGACAUUGUUGAUGGUGUUAUUUCAUGGUCAUCUGUCUCCAGGCAUCACUUCAGAUCAAAGGUCACAGUCAUUCUUGAGAUAAUGACUAGGAAGUGUGGUUUUGCUGCUGUUCAGCUUGUUCCCCCAGAAAAGUACAAGGGUUUUCUUAAGACAGUUAUGGAGAAUCGGCGAAACAAAACCUCAAAUGAAGGCAGGAUAAAGAACAAGGAAGCUUCUGCAUAUCAGAAAGAUGUCAGGGGACAAGGAUACAAAAGGAGAUUGAAGAACAAAGAUGGCUCCCCCCACUCAGGAGAAUAUGAAACUUCUCUUAUUGCUGAUGGCAGAUUAGAAGGUUCUAAAAAGAAUGGUGAUUUGGCUGCAGGGAAAUUUUCUAAGAUUCAAUCCAACGAAUCUGGAAAGAAAAGGAAGAGGACCUUUCACAAACUUAAAAGCGGGGAAAAGAGAAAGAUGGAACUAAAAGGUAGCAUGAGCAUGGAAACCUCAAUGAGAAAUCAUAAAGCAUCCAGAGCACGCAAUGGCAAUAAUGCGGUGCGGAAAAAACAGAAGAAAUAAGUAGGAAGGAUGAGGAUACCGGUUUUUCUUGCAAAGCAUCUUAAAGUUAUGAUGAUUUUGUUUAUCCUGGGCGCCUCAAAAGUUGGGCAUUCGAGGACAAGUACACUUUCUUGGCUUUUUUACAUAUUUGGCCCUUUCAGUUUUGGGGGAAAAGAGAGAUCUGAAUAUUCCACCUGGGU